AUGGGAGGUGGGUUUAGAGUGCUUCAUCUUGUCCGGCCCUUUCUUUCGUUCCUGCCCGAGGUUCAGAGUGCGGACAGGAAAGUUCCUUUCAGAGAGAAGGUCAUAUACACUGUGAUAUCACUCUUCAUUUUCCUUGUCUGUAGUCAGUUGCCUUUGUAUGGCAUACACUCCACGACCGGUGCAGAUCCAUUCUACUGGAUGCGUGUUAUUCUGGCCUCGAACAGGGGGACCGUGAUGGAGCUCGGGAUCACCCCAAUCGUUACAUCUGGAUUGGUUAUGCAACUCUUGGCUGGUUCAAAGAUCAUUGAGGUUGAUAACAAUGUGCGAGAGGAUCGUGCACUCCUGAAUGGUGCACAGAAGUUGUUGGGUAUCUUGAUUGCAGUUGGUGAGGCUGUUGCAUAUGUUCUUUCAGGGAUGUAUGGGAGUGUCGGCCAACUUGGUGUUGGAAAUGCAAUCCUUAUCAUCCUGCAGCUUUGCUUUGCUGGCAUUAUCGUGAUUUGCCUCGAUGAGCUUCUCCAGAAGGGAUACGGUCUUGGCUCUGGUAUUUCACUCUUUAUUGCCACCAAUAUUUGUGAAACCAUUAUCUGGAAAGCCUUUAGCCCCACCACCAUAAACAGUGGCCGCGGAGCUGAAUUUGAAGGUGCCGUUAUUGCAUUGUUCCAUUUGUUGAUCACUCGGACUGACAAGGUUCGAGCUUUACGGGAGGCAUUCUAUCGGCAAAAUCUACCGAAUGUUACGAACUUGCUCGCCACAGUUUUGGUCUUCCUCAUCGUCAUUUACUUCCAAGGGUUCCGUGUGGUUCUGCCUGUGAGAUCAAAGAAUGCUAGGGGACAACAAGGCUCUUACCCAAUAAAGCUGUUCUACACUUCCAACAUGCCGAUUAUUUUGCAGUCUGCUCUUGUUUCUAAUCUGUACUUUAUUUCACAGCUGCUUUACAGGAGGUACAGUGGUAAUUUUCUUGUGAAUCUCUUGGGAAAGUGGAAGGAAUCAGAAUACUCUGGCGGAUCAGUCCCUGUCGGGGGUCUUGCUUAUUAUAUAACCGCACCAUCCAGUUUGGCUGAUAUAUUGGCCAACCCUUUCCAUGGACUAUUCUAUAUCGUGUUUAUGCUUUCGGCAUGUGCUCUUUUCUCAAAGACAUGGAUUGAAGUCUCGGGUUCUUCAGCCAAAGAUGUCGCCAAGCAACUUAAGGAACAACAAAUGGUAAUGCCCGGACACCGAGAAUCGAACUUACAGAAGGAGCUCAACCGAUACAUUCCCACGGCAGCUGCUUUUGGCGGCAUGUGCAUUGGCGCACUUACUGUUUUGGCCGAUCUUAUGGGUGCAAUUGGUUCGGGCACAGGUAUUCUUUUGGCUGUGACCAUUAUUUAUCAGUAUUUCGAGACGUUUGAGAAGGAAAAGGCUAGCGAGCUUGGAUUCUUCGGUUUUUAA